AUGGAUGUUCCUGAGAAGAUAUUGAAUGGACCGGUUCUGAACCAUAUUGAGUGCCUUAGAAGAUUUAUUCUUGCAUUUAAGAAUGAAAGACAGGAGUUAGAGAUUAGGCUUGGAAGGAUAGUUGGAAAGGAUGAUGGGAUGAGGAUGAAGAUGGAUGCUGUGGCGCCAAUUGUGUUCAAGAAUCUGCCAGCUGAUUAUAAAUUUGAGAGUGCUGUUGAUAGCGAGGACUUCCGAAAGCUGAAGGAGCUUUUUAGUAAGCAUUUAAGUGAGAAGAACGAAGAUGUGAUUGUUAUUAACGAGGAUGGAAGGGAGACGUAUGAGGGGAAUGUUUUGAAGAAGGUUGAGAAGAAGAUCCGAACAGAGAAGUUGGAUAUAUAUCUUCCUGGGAAGAAAUACGAUGUUAGACUUGUUCUGAACGAGGAGAAGGAGACUUUCAAGCAAGCCAGUAAGAAGAAGACACUGGUGAAGAGAAUAAGAAAGAGGGAGACAUACUUCAUAGAGCCUUAUGGAUUUGACUUUACAGAAGUUUUAGUUUCUGGUGACAGGGAUGAAAAGAAGAAGCUUGAAGUGGAGGUUGAAGUAUUUGACUCUGAGAAGCUCGUAUCUGGGAAUUUUAUAUCUUUAAUACACAACUUCAACAUUGACCUAGUGUUUAAAUAA